AUGAAGGCCCUUAUUCUCGUCGGUGGUUUCGGUACCCGUCUGCGUCCUCUUACCUUGACCAUGCCCAAGCCCUUGGUUGAGUUCGCUAACAAGCCCAUGAUCCUCCACCAAAUCGAGGCCUUGGCCCAGGCUGGCGUUACUGAUAUCGUUUUGGCUGUCAACUACAGACCUGAGGUCAUGGUCUCCAUCCUCCAAAAGUACGAGGAAAUCUACAAUGUCAAGAUCACAUUCUCGGUCGAGACCGAGCCCCUCGGCACAGGCAAAAGGAAGGAGUCUAAGACCGGUCCUUUGGCCCUUGCUCGCGAUAUCCUCGGCAAGGACGACUCUCCCUUCUUUGUCCUUAACUCUGAUGUCAUUUGCGAUUUCCCCUUCCACGAACUCAAGGCCUUCCACGAGGCUCACGGCAACGAGGGAACCAUUGUGGUCACCAAGGUCGAGGAGCCCUCAAAGUACGGUGUCAUUGUCAACAAGUCAGAGAGCUCGAUGAUCGACCGCUUCGUCGAGAAGCCCGUCGAGUUUGUCGGCAACAAGAUCAACGCUGGUAUCUACAUCUUCAACCCUGCUAUUCUGGACCGUAUUGAGCUCAAGCCCACCUCGAUCGAGCAGGAGACCUUCCCCGCCAUGGCCGCUGACCACCAGCUGCACUCGUUCACGCUCGAGGGCUUCUGGAUGGAUGUUGGUCAGCCCAAAGAUUUCUUGACCGGUACCUGCCUCUACCUCGCCAACGUCAACAAGUGCAACCCCGGUGCCCUUGCUAACCCCAACUCUGGUUACGUCCACGGCGGCAACGUCCUUGUCGACCCCACUGCCAAGAUUGGAAAGGACUGCCGUAUUGGACCCAACGUCGUCAUUGGACCCGGUGUUGUGAUUGGUGACGGUGUUCGUCUCCAGCGCUGUGUUCUCUUGGAGGGCUCGUCUGUCAAGGAUUUCGCCUGGAUCAAAAACACGAUUGUUGGCUGGCACUCGACGAUCGGUCGCUGGGCCCGUUUGGAAGGCACGUCAGUAUUGGGCGACUAUGUCACUGUCAAGGAUGAGAUCUAUAUCAACGGAGGAUCGAUCUUGCCACACAAGUCCAUCUCGGCCAACAUCACCGAGCCUCAAAUCAUCAUGUAG